AUGCCCGAUCUGAUGGCUACCCUCGACAAGGAACCUCCACAGAAGAUUGUGGACUUGGCAAAGCAAAUCCUCUCUCUCAACAUGCUUGAAAGCAAGGAUCUCAUGGAUAUUUUGAAGAAGGAGCUUGGAGUUCCAGAUGGCAUGAUGGGCAUGGGUAUGCCUGGCGCUGGCUACCCAAUGGGUGCAGCUCCAGCAGCUGCACCUGCACCUGCAGCUGCCCCAGCAGCAGCAGCGGCUCCAGCGCAGGAAAAGACUGAUUUCGAGCUCAAACUUGAAUCUUUCAAUGCUGCGGAUAAGCUGAAGGUGAUUAAGGAGAUCCGUGCCAUCACAGGACUGGGGCUUAAGGAAAGCAAAGACAUGGUCGAGAAGGUUCCUUCAGUUCUUUUGGCCAAGGUCACCAAGGCUGAUGGAGAAAAAUUCAUCAAACAAAUCGGGGAUGCUGGAGGAAAAGCUGUGUUAGCUUGA